AUGGUGGUUAGUUUGUGCGCAUGCUCAUGUUCAUUUCAAUAUUCCCAGUUCCACAAACGUGAGUUAUUUCUGCAUAAUGCAUCAUUGCAUGUGGUACGGGCGCUGGUGCCGCUGUGCUCACUGCUCACGCGGCCGCAACCCACACACACAACAGAGCACCCCUGCAACGUCAAAGAAUUCAAGAUCUACAUUGGCCUAACCGAGGACCAUCUGACGGAAGUGCUGCACUCUGGGCUCAAGAACGAUGGCGUGUCGGAGACGUUCGCGUUAAGACAUGUGAAUAGCGCUGGUGUGCGCAUUCCGACGCGUUUUUUGAAGAUCGUCCCGCUCUCCGCCCAUGGGCAUUCCUUCCAUAUUUCUAUUUGGUUCGUCUCGCUGGCGGGCAUCGACGAUGAGGCCUUCAUGAGCCAAUACCGCGAGAAAGCCGCCCUGCGCCACAUCCUAAAGCACCUCCGCAAACGCCGCUUCAUGUCGCCCUUCAAAUCCAUCCUCUCCGCCGUCGACCUCGAGAUCGAACAUCCGCUCAUCACCCAGCUGUACGAGGCGCUCGUCUCCGACGCGAAUUGGUCAGAGGCGGAGAACGUCAUCCGGCGAGCUUCGUCCGCCGGACUGUUCGAUUCGUACCUUCAUUCGACUCAACCUCGCGCGGUCUGGAAACAGAUAUACGGGCUCGACGCGAAUGGGGAUGUGCCUAGUAAAAGGGGAGGACACGCGAUGUGUAUCGAUGGAGUUAAUGGGAAGAUUUAUUUGUUUGGGGGAUGGGAUGGACAUGCGAGUCUCGGUGAUUUCUGGGUGUAUUCUAUUAAGGAGGAUAGGUGGCAGGCUUUGAGUAGGGGGGAUGGGGAGGAUGGGAGGAAUACGCCGGGACCGAGGUCGUGUCAUAAGAUGGUGUUUGAUUCGAAGACGGAGUCGGUGUAUAUGUUGGGGAGGUUGGCGGAGAGUGAUGAGAUGGUUGGGGCUACGCCGGGUCAGGAUAUGAGUUCGCCUGCACGACGAGCGGAGUUCUAUAGGUAUCGGACGACUGGGCCACAGGCAGGGACCUGGGAGGAGUUGAUGGAUACCUCUUCGCCAUAUCACGGGCCGCCAUUGCUGUUUGACCACCAGAUGGCUAUCGAUCCGGAUGCUCAAGUUAUCUAUAUCUGUGGCGGUCGUCUGAGUGAGAAUAGCAUAGUGCCCGCCAAGUACGCUGGAAUGUACGCGUACAAUAUCGCUUCCGGAAUAUGGCAGCACCUUAUACCGGAGGACAAGACAAAACCACUCGCACGUUAUUCCCUCACUCGCAGACAUGGGCAUUCGAUGGUCCUUGACCCUGUCAAACGCAAACUCUACGUCUUCGCCGGACUGGAAGACGACAGCUACCUCUCUGACAUGCACGUCUAUGAUAUCGCUACGAACGAGUCGGUGGAAAUCUUCUCUAGCGUCACUGCUGCAGGGGGUCCCGAGGCCUUGUUCACCCACCGCGCCGUCAUGGACCCAUCGUUAAACGAGAUCUAUGUUUUCUGUGGCUUGAACAGAGCCGCACAUUCAUUUGUCCCUAGGCUUGAAGGAGGUGGCGCCUGCUGGAUGUACCGAUACAAUAACCAACCAGGGACAUGGACGAAGAUCACGCAGCAGGUGGAAGGCGAGAGCGAGGCGCAGAACGAGCGUCCUCGCCCUCGGUACGCUCAUCAGAUCGUGUACGACACGACUACUAAGACGGCAUAUCUGCACGGUGGGAACUCUGGUCGAAUGCUGCUGGAAAACGGAGACGCGGAAGAGACUGUGGGGACCUCGGAGGAUGCGAUGGCAGAACAGCGCUUGGACGACUUCUGGAGUAUGCAGCUUCGCCGACCUCAACCUGAGGAAGUGGUCCGUCGUGCGAUAUUACAGAUUCGAUGUCAGCACUUCCGUGAGAUGUGCCAUGAGGUGUCGCCCGUGCAAGCUCUCCGAUUCCUACAGACCGAUGUGAAUGGUGUUGUUGACCACGACGAUCCCGUCGAGACGGGGAUGUUCCGAGACCUGCUCUCUCAUCUUCUUCUCACGCAAACCAAUGGCCAAUCACAUCGAACUCCGAGUUCCAAUACGUCUGCCGAUAGUACGCGUAACGUCGUCGGGACACCCACCUCGGGAUUGGCGAGGUUGCUGCGUAGAACCAAUGAAGACGGAGCCGCGACGGAGCGAAUCCAUCAACGCACGGAGAUAUUUGAGACGUUGUUGAAGUUCUUCCCGCCGAACGAGAAAGAACCGGGUUCGGACUUGAUCGAUAUAAUCGACUGGUGCGAGGAGAGUACGCAUGGCUAG